AGCCAUCGAUUGCGCGCCCACCGCUGCUCAUCCAGCCUCGCCUAUCACGACAAUCAUCGCCAACUCCAUUCCCAUCUCCGCCCGCCACCUCCGCCCUCCUCCCGCCGUCGCCAUGGAUUUCAGCGGCCAGUACAACUUCCCUGGCGCUCAGCCCUACCACCAGUUCAUGCCCAUCCCGCCUCUGACGCCUUCUCACUCGCACUCGGCCGCUUCGGACGACUUUAACACUUCCCCGCCGGAAAACUAUGAGUCGCUGCCUCAGAAUUCAAACGACCAAUUUCCCGCAUUCGACUACUCGCAAGGCUUCAACUCGAACCCUCAUCAACCCACCGGCGGCUUCCCCGGCCCUCCCACUCCUCCAGGCCACAACGUCUUUGGCCAGCACCAGCAGCGACAUGGCAGCGUCUCCAACGGCAUGAAGUCCGGCCAGGGCGCCGAGUCUGUGUCGGACGAAAUGAACGUGACCCGUGGGACCAGCGAGGAAGACGAUGCCAUGACACCUGCUCAGUCCCGGAGAAAGGCCCAGAAUCGUGCUGCUCAACGAGCCUUCCGCGAGAGAAAAGAAAAGCAUGUUAAGGACCUCGAGGCCAAGCUUGCCGGCCUAGAGGCUGCCCAGCAACAGGCCUCGGUCGAGAACGAACGCCUCAAGCGGGACCUCCAGAAAAUGUCCACUGAGAAUGAGAUCCUCCGGGCCACCUCCCACAUGGGUGGCAGCCACAAGAACUCAAUCUCUUCUGAACCAGCCACAGGCCCUAUGCGUUUCAAUCCCACCGAAUUCUAUUCCAACGUUCUUCAGAACCAUACCAACAAGACCCCGUCCCACCGUAUCGUUACCGCUGACGACGGCGAGCGUCUUAUGGCUGCCGGAGCCACUUGGGACUUCAUCAUCUCCCAUGAGCUCUUUAAGAAGGGCCUCGUCGACGUCGGCGAUGUCAGCGAACGACUCAAGCACCUCGCCCGCUGUGACGGUCAGGGACCCGUCUUCUCGGAGCGGUCCAUCCUCACGGCCAUCGAACAGAGCGUUGCCAGUGGAACUGACGAUCUGCUUUGAAUGGGAUAAGAACAAGGAAGAAAACGAAACACAGUUGCACAUGGUGCUAUCAUGAUUGAUGUAUAUCACGGCUACGGGACCGGAUUGGAUACCCCGCCCUUCGGGGUUAUGGAGUGGCGUUCUCUGUUUAUGGGUUUGAUUAAUAUAUUUGGAAACAAUCAAAGAGAGUAUAAAA